UGGAAAUCGAAAAUUAAGGGCGCGUGAGAUAAUAAAUAAAUCAAAAUAACGCGUCCUUGCACCAGAACAUUAAUCAUGUCUCUCGACGACAUCUGGGACGCGCCAAUUUCCCCCACUCACGCUGUUACGCCACAUUCUGAUACAGUUAGCUCUCAGAAGCGCCCAAGAGAGACACUAUUUCUUUCUGACUCAGACAAUGAGGAUGACCGACCAGCGCCGAAGAGACCUACUAGCUCGGCACCAAGACCAGACGUAGACGCGCUCUUCGCCGACAUCGAUAAUGAUGACGUAGGGGAGGAGGAUGACUUGAGAUAUAAGCCCCUUGCACCUGCCCUUGACCUUGAGGCACUCCGCAAACAGGCCGAAGCAAAACACGCACUGACACCCCACCAAAUCUUGCCUAGCAGUUCUCCACCAAGAGAUUUAGGUCCCGACGAAGACGAUGAGGGGGAAAAGGAAAAGGGGAAAGGAAAAGAAGGGAAAAAAGAGAGAAAGAAGGUUGUAUUACUCGAUGAAACAAGUUUAAUUGGAGCAUCGGGAUUUCCACAGCUCAUUCAAAAUAUCAAGGACUUUAAAGUCAAAGGGAAAGGUCAUGAGCAUUCAGACCUCCAGCGCAUUCUCCAAGUGUACCAGUUUUGGUCUCAUAGAUUAUAUCCCAAGACUCCGUUCAAGGACACCGUUGAGCGCGUCGAAAAACUAUGUCACUCAAAACGAAUGCAGGUCCGACUAAGUGUAUGGCGUGAUGAGGCGAAAGGCCUUGUCAAUGGCAAGGAACCAGGAGAAAAUGGUGGCGACGAUGUUAUCGACCUCACCGAUCCAAACCUUGAGGGCGCAGACGUGAAUGACGAUUCGUCCUCUUUGCAUGCCCCAUCCCUUCCACCCUCAUCGUCAGAGGCCGAAGAUGACAACUUUGAUAUCGAUGCAAUCGUCAGAGAAGAGGAGAAACGCCUCGCUGCGUUUAGAGCACAACGUUCGGUUUCCCCUGCACCACCUGUACCGAAAGCCAAAUACAAAGUUUUGCCACCCGAAGUUGCAGAUGGGAUGGAUAUCGACGAAGAGGCGAUGUGGAAUAACCUCGAAAUACUUGAUGACUCAAUCCCCAACCCUGCUCCACCUCCGGAAAGUAGUAAAUCGAGCCUCUCAGUCGAUGACCAGGAUGAAGAGAUGUGGGAUAUGGUGCGGGAAUUGGAGAGAGAAGAGUAUACAGCAUCGAAACAACUUCCUGUGUCAUCUGUGCUGAGUACGCCUGCGGCAGAGAACACUAACAUAUCUCUCGGGACAAAUGACGAAGACAUUGAUGAUAUAUAUGCGUAGAUUCAGAUGGUACGUACAUGAGCAAAUGCCAUAUUAUAAUCUUGUCGUUGAACACAAUAGCCGAGCUUCUUUGAUCAUCACGUCCAUCCGUCCUCCCACUCCAACCAAUGUAGACAUACUCUUUGAUAUCAGAAGAACCGCCAGGCUUAGCUAAGAA